UUUUGGAUAGGUUUAAAUGUGGAUAUAUCUUAACAUAAACGUUGAAGCUUAUCUAAAUUUCAAAAGAUUUCCUAUUACACUGUAACAAUACUAUUUAACGCCAAUAGUUACAUUAAAACACACGCCGUGCUUCAAUGACCUAAACAUUGGAAGACGAAGUUUAGUAUUCGAAAUAUAAUACCGCCUAUUGAUUGAUUUAUUUCAUUGUAAAAUUAUUUACUUUGAAGGAUUCGCAUAGAAAAUUCGGCAUUUACAGCAUGGAUGAAAGCUUAUUUUUGUAUUUGAUAUAACAUGUUGAGAUAAACAAGUGUUAAAUUUUGCUGUGAUCGACUCAGAUAAAGAAGGAAUUAGAAGUACAAAUAAUUAGAUUUCGCGAUAUAUCUUUUAUAGUUACCUAAUUAAUUAUGAAUUAAACGAGCUCUUUGAAACAGAAGUAAAACCAUGUAAAAUGGUAUAAAAAUUGUGUGGUAAAUAUGACGACAUUGUGUGAUGUUUUAUUCCUAAUUGAGAUAUUAUUUCGGUGAAAAUAAUAUGUGGAAUAUUCAACAGUCUCUCCAUUGUAAAUGUUUCAUUCUCAAAAACAUUUUCCUGUACACAGUUAUAAUGGCAAUAAUAAGAACGUCAGAGGCUUGCGGAUCAUACAUAAAGAUAGGUAGCGGCGAUACAAGAACUUUAUCAUCCGGCAGCCCAUAUGGAACAUACCUUCAUUGUUUGUGGUGGAUAGAAACUGACACCGGAAGUCAACUGUCUCUGAACAUUACGUCAUAUGAGGGAGACUAUAAUUACGGACGAUGUGGGGAUUAUAUCAUUAUUAGCAACAGUGACACAGAGGGUAUAUUAGACUCGCGGUCAAACUCGACAGGCAACUGUACGUCAUUAACGAAUCAUUUAGUUACCGCGUCAGCAAGCUGGUUACGUGUGCAAUUUUAUAGUGAUGGUAUAACCAGCACUUCCGGAUUUACUGGCCAUAUUUCAUCAACUUAUGUAGGAUCAUCUAUAACAGAUGUAGCAAAUCCAAUUGUAGCAUGUAAAUCUUUCGAGUUAGAAUGUUCCAACAAAGUAUGCAUGACGUUGUCGUAUCGAUGUGACGGUUUUAACGAUUGUGGCUGUGACAAAGACUGUGACGAAUCAGGGUGUGAGGGAUUGUCACUAGGAAAGUAUGAAAUUAUGCUCAUAGGUGGACUCAUGGGAUUAGCCUUAUUUAUGAGUUUCUUUAUAUUUGCCUUUUGGUACGAAUCGUAUUUACGCCGGAAAACGCUAAUGGCUGACCCGGAAGCCCAAGCUGAGUUGCAAAGGAAAAAGGCAGAAGAGAAACGGAAAGCUGCGUACAAAAAAGCCGCAAAAGAGAAGAAAGGUCGGCGGUAGAUGACACUGUUAUGGAAACUGCACAAGAUACGCCACUAACUUGCACGUGUUACAACGACACACUCCACCCUACCUAACAUUUCCCCAUCUCAUCGUGUGUGUUUUAUGUUUUCACGUUUUGCAUAAAAUCUGCAGGGAAAUGACAUUAGCGCAAAAAUAAAUUGGAGCAAGGGUCGGUCAAAAUGUAGUUGUCAAAAUAAACUGUAGUUGCCUCUAUGUAAAUCAGGGUCCGUAGAAAGUGAUUAUGAGCGUUUAUUAAUCAACCGCAUUGCAUUGUAUAUUAAGAUUGAUUUAUUUAGAUUUGUUGAUUGAAACAUGACGCGUGUGCAUUGUUUGUUUUAUUGAACCAUUUUAUGAAAUGUAGAUGGAACAUACAUAAUUUGCAUAAAUUUAGAUAAAAAAUGUUACAAAAUAUUAAAAUUUGGCUCAUAUUUAUGAAUUACUGUUAUAAUUAGAUCGCAACAUUUUUUUGUAUGGAUGCAAUUUAAGAUUACUUUAGGAUAGAGAAAUUCCAGCGGAUUGUGUGAUUGAUUUAUUUAUUUGACAAAUUGUGAUCUCAUCCAUCUUUUUAAGUUUUUUAGUUUCUUGAUAGAAAAUUACAUUGUACGUAUUGUCAUGUAUUCUUAAUAUGAAUAAGGAAAAUAAAUGAACAGGGAAACAGUUUUUCCUGAAUAUGUGUACACCUGUUUAGAAUGAAAGAGAGACAAAUGAUUUUUUUAGAUUUAUUUCUUUGAAUUAUGUAUAAAAUGCCACAUUUUCUUUACUUUGUUCACUAUUCAUGUAUAUUGUUCAUUUUAAUUGUAAGUCUAUCAAUUCAAGCUAUUGGUGUCUUAUAGUUGCCAUUUUAAUUAAACGCCAACAAAAAGAUUUAGAAUCGUGGCAUUCAAGGAAAUCAUCGGUAUAUGGCAUCAUCAUGACAAUGUUAUUUAUUUUAUUUCGAAGUUUUGACAAUGUUACCAUUAUGAUACUUUUUCGAAGCAUUAAAGAUAAUGGCGCAGUGAUGUUUUGUAAAGAUUUCUUUGAUAGAAUUGAAAAAAAAGAUAAUAAAUUUCAUGCAUUGUUUGAAGACAAUAUAAACUUCACGACAACACAUUUUGUGUCAAUUAUGCAAAAAAUUACCAUAUGUAAAUAAACGUGAAUUGCUGAGGAAAUGAAACUUAUUUCUUCUUAAUUAUCAAGUUAUUAAUACAUUGUAUUUUUUUGCAGAUAUGAAUACAUAAACGUUACAAAUGUGUCUUUUGUAUCAUUCUUAAGUAUACAAAACAGUGAUAUCACUUUUCAAAUGAAUAUUUUAUUGAAAUUUAGCCGACAAUUCAAUAUCAGAUUUAGUAUAUAUCAAAAGGAAACUCGACAAACGAGUUCUCAAUUAUAGUCAUUUGACAAAUCUUUGUCAAAUUCAAGAAAUAUCAAACUUAAUUGACAAUAUACUAGUACCUUGAGAUAACCAUUAUUUAUUUUAAAGGCUCAUUAUGCCUCAGAAAUGAUUUUUUUUAUCCUUUAUUGACAAUGCAAAACAUGAAUUUUUAACACUUUUAAUAAUGGUUUUAGAACAUUUUAGAUGCCUUUCUCCUGAAGAAAGUAGCACUGGAUGUUAAAUUCUCUGUCAUACAUGUAAAAGAAGCAAAAUGAAAACAAAUUAGUAUUUUGACUUCCAUUUUAAAAUACCAAAAAAAUGUAUUUUUACUAAUUGCCAGAAAUGCAACAGAUGCAAAAUAUUGUUUAUGUAUUUGGCAAAUUAGUAACCUUUUUGAAAACUAUGACAGGACAUGAAAAAUAGAAAAGAUUUUGAAAACUGAAAAUAAAAGCAUUUCUGGGGCAUAAUUGGCCUUUAAAGUCAGGGUCAUAAUAUUUUUCUCAUGUAAUGUUAUAUGUAUUACUUUAUGUUUAUAUAUUGUUAUUGCAUUUUUAUGCCGAAAACUUGUUUAAAUUGCAUGUGAGAAUUUUGAUUGGCUAUAAAGUCGUGUAAAUACUGGUGCUAAUCAAUCUCUACAUGCACAUGUAUUAAAUCAGUUUUGUUUCUAUAAA